AUGGAUCUCAAAGUGAUCUGUGCACUCUCUGCCAUCCUUGUCAUAGCCCUCAGCACCCUGGCAGAGGGAAAGGUACCACCAAGUAAAUGCCAGUGUAAAGUGACCCCCAAGGAGCGGAAGAACUGCGGCUAUCCGGGAAUCUCAGCAAAGGAGUGCAGGAAAGCUGGGUGCUGCUUCGACGCUUCAGUCCCUAACGUUCCCUGGUGCUUUGUUGCUAAACCAAAGAAAGUUAAGAAAGUGUGUCCCAGCAAUUCUCACACCAGGAUAAACUGUGGCUUCCCUGGUAUCACAGCUAAGGAGUGUGAACAGAAGGGGUGCUGCUUCGAGGCGCAUCCUGCUGGUGUCCCCUGGUGCUUCUACCGCCACGUGGUGGAGGAAGGAAAUUUAGCAACCUGCCGACCAGAGAGCAGUCACUAA